AUUCUGAUUCUGUAACUUUACACCAUAUCUUCCAUCCCACCAUAAUCUGAUUAUUGGGUUUCGUUUUGAAUAAUGGAACACUCCAAAAAUUCAACUAAAAUAAUGGGUUUUUUCAUUCUGAUUCUCUUAACUUUACACCAUAUCUUCCAUCCCACCACAACCCCUCUCUCUCUUUCUCUCUCUCUCCGCCCAUUUAUUUCAUCUGUCGAAUCUUACCCACUCCAUAACCAGUAAAGGCUAUGGAAACCCACCUCCCUCCUCUCUGCCUCUUACCGUUUCCUCACUCUGCGUCUCACUGCCGCUGCCAUAGCCUUCAACGCAUAGAUUAACGCACAAGGGCUCUCCCGAUUCUUCAAUAAACCCAUAAGGAAAAGAAGGGAUUCUCUGUGUUUGGAAGCCUCUGGUUCUUAACUUUUUUGGACAAUUCAUUCAAAUAAUGGAAACUUUAGAUUUCAAUAUUGAAGCUGCUAAAGAUUCAGAGCCUAGCAGUAGUCAAGAAGCAAAUCCUGAUCACUCUAACACUGGCACUGCCAGUUCUUCCUGCCCUCCAAGCUCGAGUGAAGUUGCUGUUGCUGUUGCUGAUGCAGUGCCCAUUUCACUUGACUUGACACUUCAGUUUAACUCCAACGAUAUCGAAUCGAAGGGUGAUGGUGAUGGCGAGAAUCACGGGGAAACAAAUGGUAACAAAUCGUCGUCUGCAUCGACGCCGAGAGUUUUCUCUUGCAAUUACUGUCGACGUAAGUUCUUCAGCUCGCAGGCGCUUGGUGGGCAUCAAAAUGCACACAAAAGAGAGAGGACAAUGGCUAAACGUGUAACUCGAAUGGGAAUGUUCUUCGAUCGAUACGGUAGCUUGGCGUCGCUGCCUCUUCAUGGCUCAGCUCUUAGAUCACUCGGCAUUGAAGCUCAUGGUGCUCUACACCAAACAGUUCUAGCUUCAGAUCACAGGCCUUAUCCUGGUAGGAGUGUUGGAGCAAAGUUUGAGCAUAGCACUUUCGGGUUCCCGACAUUCGUUGAGGAAUACGAGGACGAUGUCGGGAUGUUUUGGCCAGGAAGCUUCAGGCAGGUGGCUGCCAAAGUUGAUAGCAGCUUAGGCCCUUUGAAAUCCACAGUUCAAAUUUCGGAUUCAGAGUUUGGGAAGACAAUUCCUCCUCCACCAAGAACAGAAGAAUCAUCUCCUGAUCUCACUUUGAGGCUUUAGUAAGUAAUUUUCGUUUUGAUGCCUUCUUCUUAAUGUAUCAACUUUUGUAAAGUGGGAUGUGUCUGCCAUUGUCUGCCAUUUUUUAGUGGUUCUAAGCUUAUGAAUUGUUGAAUAAAUCUUCAAAUUUUUUCUUUUUGUGCCAA